AUGAGCACGAACAGCACAGAGAGUUCAAUAGAAAAAGUGACCCAACAAAAAGAAGAGAAUGAUGGAGAUUCUAGAAAAGACGGACUCCCAUCCACAUCGAGACCCUAUAUUCGAUUGGCUUCUGAGCUUCGAAAUCUCACAAAAGAUUUGGGUGAUGAGGUCCGUUUCCGAUGUGAGGCGCUCGGCACUCCACCGCUGACUUUCAGUUGGUUAAAGAACCAAGCUCUCGUCGAGAAAUCGCGUCGAAUAAAGAUCAAAACGAGAGAGAAUUCUUCCCGUCUCGUCAUUCAACAUCUCGAUGUUCUCGACAGCGGUUACUAUCAAUGUGUGGUGAGCAAUUCGGCCGCUUCAGUCAACACGACAAGCGUCUUGAGGGUGAUUAAUGUGCCAGGAAAGGAGCUGAAAAAUCGAAAACAACACGCAUCGCCCGAAGAAUACGACGAAUACGAGGCAAUGGAACGAGGUCGUUUACCUCACGAGGAAGACGCCGAUUUGUACUCGGUGCCUGAUGGAGCGGCUGGGCCUGGGUAUGCACCGGUAAUGCCUGCAUCUCGAUGGUUGGACAGGAUAAAGAUGAAGACAGGAGAAUGCAUUGCGUAUCGGGGUGAUGCUUGCCGGAAUUUUCUAGCCGGACGCCAUGUGAUGAUCACGAGUGAGAAUCGAGAAGAUAUGUAUGAUAUUGAUCGAAAUCUUCGCGCGGCUAUGCUAUUCAUUGGACAGAUGCCGGCCGUGUCCGCUGAAUGUAAACAGUACUCGCAAGCGGUCGCUUGCUAUCACAUGUACAAAGUUUGCGAGGAGAAAGUUGGGCCGCGAACACAGAGAAUCUGUCGAAAUGACUGCGAAAGGAUACAGAAGGACAUUUGCCCAAAUGAGUACGCGAUGGCGGCUCAGCACGAAUUGGUAGGCGAUGGGCCGAAAGCUCUUCUCCCAUCUUGUGCCUCGCUUCCCCUAUCCACUCAAACAUCCAAUUGUAUCUCGGUGAUCGAUUCGCCGAAAAUGACCUCAAUCGGCCCCCCGGCUCCUCCACCAGGCCAACCAGCCUCCUCUUCACAUUGUUACAUGGAUAACGGGAAAAAUUAUGAGGGAUCGGUUAGCACAACGGAGAGUGGUCAUCAAUGCAUGACGUGGACUGAAAGUCACAUGUCUCGUGACUUCACCGUCCGCAACUAUCCACAACUGAAAAACGCGAAAAAUCAUUGCCGAAAUCCGGGCGGGAAACGGACAAAACCUUGGUGUUUUAGUCGUCCGCAUGGCCGUGAAGAGUAUUGUGAGAUUUCGCAGUGUUCGAUCGAUCAAACGCACCGUAUCGAUGGGCCAAGAUCGAAUGGAACAAAUCCCUCAAAUCUCUCGGAAAUGUGGUGGUCUCUUCCCGCGAAUCUCCAACUAGGUCUCCUUGCUGGCGGCUUUGUCGCUCUCGCUCUUCUUCUUUUCAUCAUUUGUUGUGCUUGUUGUUGCAAGAAAUCCUCGAAACAACGCGGUCAACAGCCGGUUCCUCAUUUCUCUGUGACGAGUGCUCCCACGUCGAUUGUGGCAAGUGGCACGAAUUCGGGCUAUUGUCGAAAGUUGCAAAUGAAUGGCACGUCGACACCGAUUCUUGGGAGAACGGCACCAAUGGAAAUGGCCGCACUUUUGCCACAACAACAUAAUAAUAAUAUGGGCACUGGUCCUCCAUCUUACGCGGACUCCUAUCGAACGAUGCCUCAUCACGAUGAACCCUAUCACAUUUUGGAGAUUCCGGCAAGAGAUCUGGCUGUUGGAGAUCAAAUCGGCAUAGGCCAAUUUGGGAUUGUUUUCGCGGCUCAAUGGCACACAAAUGUCUCACACGAACCACUGACUGUUGCCGUGAAAACGACAAGGCCCGAUGCACCGAUUCAAGAGAUAAAACAAUUAGAGGAUGAGGUUCGCCGUGUGGCCGCGUUCGAUCACUUGCACGUGGUUCGCCUUCUCGGCGUCUCCUAUCUUGAUGCUGGACGAUUGUCGGCUGUAUUCGAAUAUAUGAUCUAUGGAAAUGUGCAUGAUUUAAUCUCGGUGAAAUCGAGUGGAAGUGAGGCUGAGAAAAGAGCCGAUCAUGACGAGUUUAUCCGGAUCGCCACACAGAUUGCUCAUGGAAUGGAAUACCUGAUCUCCCAUCGUUUCAUUCAUCGAGAUUUAGCGGCAAGGAAUUGUUUAGUUGGUGAGAAUCGAGUGAUCAAAGUGAUGACAUUCGGGAUGAUGAGAUCCGCGUAUGAGGGGGAUUAUUAUCCGAUGAUGCACCGAGGUCGUUUGCCCAUUCGGUGGAUGUCAAGAGAGGCGUUGGAGGGGCAACGGUAUGGAGAACCGUCAGAUGUUUGGGCAUUCGGAGUCACACUAUGGGAAAUGUUCAGCUACGGUCGUACCCCAUAUGAAGGCCUUUCGGAUCAACAAGUGAUUGGAGCGAUCAGCACUCGACAACUCCUCGAAUGUCCUCCCAUGUGUCCACCAAACAUUUAUAGUCUAAUGGUUGAAUGUUGGACGGAAAACCCGGAUCGUCGCCCGACUUUUGCCGAGAUUCGCCCAAGAUUGGAAGCAUGGACGAUGAAUAGCCCGGCUCAUUCUCUUUUGCAGCAUCGAGCCCCAUCAGCUAGCACAAAUUCAGGUUCUUCGGGCGCGGCUCCGCGAGGCGGUGGUUCAUUCGGUAAUGUUGGAGUGGGCAAUAAUCGCUCUCAUCCACCAUUUCACUCAUCAACGGGACUCCGGUCAAGACGAGCGGGGGAUGAAGGGUCACCGUUGGUGAGAAGAGAUGGCGCGUAUAAUUAUUCGGAUGACGACGAUGAUGAAGCUGCCGAGUCUGAU